AUGGCUCCCCCGACCAUCAAAAUCUCCCUCCCCCAAAUCGCCCAGCUUAUCGACCACUCGCUGCUCCACCCCACUCUCUCCGACGCCGACCUCCGCGCCGGCCUCGCCCUCGCCCGGACCUCCUCCGUCGCCUCCGCCUGCGUCAAGCCCUAUGCCGUGCCGCUCGCCCGCUCCAUCCUCGCCGGCUCCCCCGUCCGCGUCUGCUCCGUCGUCGGCUUCCCCCACGGCUCCUCCUCCGCCUCCGUGAAAAUCGCAGAGACCGCCGAGGCCGUCUCCUCAGGAGCCACCGAGAUCGACAUGGUCAUCAACAUCGGCAAGGCCCUCAGCGGCGAAUGGGGCUACGUCGAGCACGAGAUUGAGGCCAUCAACCGCCUCGUCACGGCAAAGGGCGCCAUCCUCAAGGUCAUCUUCGAAAACGACUUUUUGCAGGACCACCACAUCAUCCGGCUCUGCCAGAUCUGCACCGACUUGAACGUGGCCUUUGUCAAGACGAGCACGGGCUAUGGCUUCGUGAAGCAGCCCAACGGAUUUUAUAGCUACCAGGGCGCCACGCCGCAUCACCUCAAGCUCAUGAGGAAACAUGCCGGGCCAAAGGUACAGAUCAAGGCCGCGGGUGGCGUCAGGACCCUGGAUGAGCUGAUCUAUGUCCUGUCGCUGGGGGUGACGAGGAUUGGGGCCAGCGCUACCGAGGCAAUUCUGGAAGAGGCCAGAGCGAGAGGCAUUGGUGAGGCUGAAGUUGAAGUUGAAGUCAAGGUCCCCCAAAGUCUGCAAGAUGGAUCAUAUUGA